GCCGGUCUUUCUUCACGUGAUCUUAGAGACACAUCAGGAAACAGAGGCGAACCAGGCUGCCCUUUUUGGCUGCUUAAGAGUUUCAAGGCAGUCUUCCUCAGCUGUUUGCAGACGCCAGGGAUUACAGCUGGCCCGUUUUGCACAUAAAGCGGUUGAGUUCUGGAGUUACUCCUUGUGGCAGCCAUGGAAAAGGGGCCGUGGUCGGUUGACGCGGCGGGGAACGCAGAGGAGCAGCGGCAGUUUACAAGUCAUACACCUGAUAAUGCAACUAAGGAAGGCGAGGAGUGCUGCGAAGGUCUCUGGGAGCUGCCCGUGGAGCUUAGCACGCGAAGACCCGAAUGCGACCGCUGCGGUCGUCCUCAAAAGGUGUGCUUGUGCCCAUGCUUGCCAGUUCAUCCUUUGAAAGUCUCCACUUGUUUAUACAUUAUCCAGCAUCCAGCAGAGGAAAGUAGAGUGCUACGAACAGUACCACUUCUAACUGCUUGUCUUCCUGAAGACAAAUGUAAAGUCUUGAUUGGGCGACGCUUCUGUGAAGACAGGUACCCUGAAUUAGCAUCCAUAUGCAAAAGUUCAAAUACCUUAAUACUGUAUCCUGGAGCUGGAGCAACAAAUUUGGAAGAAAUGGAUUUGAGUUCCACUAAUUCCUAUGCAAUCAUAAUCAUUGAUGGAACAUGGAGUCAAGCAAAAGAUAUAUUUUUAAAGAACCCCCUUUUUCAAAUGCCCAAGCAGGUACAACUAAAAACCAGUUUUUCAAGUCAGUACAUAAUUCGUACUCAGCCUACAAAUGCAUGCCUGUCCACACUUGAAUGUGCAGCUAUUGCCCUAGCCAUUGUGGAAAAAAAUGAUGCAAUUAAAGAGACUGUACUUCGUCCUCUUCAAGCUCUUUGUGCUUUCCAGAUCCAGCAUGGUGCCCAAGUCCAUCACAGCAAGGAGCAUCUUCUUAAAAAUGGUUUAUAUGACAAACCAAUGCCAAAAAAUAAACGCAAGCUCAGAAGAAUGGAACUUUUAGUGAAUAAUGUUAAAAUUUAGGGGUAUCAUAUAGAUUUAUUAUUAAAGAUUUUUAUUCCUUUUAGCUAAUGAAGUGGAGUUGAGUAUGGAUUUGAUCCAAAU